AUGGAUCACAAACAGAGAAACAGACCUGAGUACAACCCGGUAAAGUACAACCCGGUGAAGUACAUCCCAGUAAAGUACAACCUGGUAAAGUACAUCCCGGUAAAGUACAACCCGGUGAAGUACAACCCGGUGAAGUACAUCCCAGUAAAGUACAACCCGUACAACCCGGUGAAGUACAACCCGGUGAAGUACAACCCGGUAAAGUACAACCCGGUGAAGUACAACCCGGUAAAGUACAACCCCGGUAAGAAGUACAACCCGGUGAAGUACAUCCCAGUAAAGUACAACCCGGUAAGGUACAACCCGGUAAAGUACAACCCGGUGAAGUACAACCCGGUGAAGUACAACCCGGUAAAGUACAACCUGGUGAAGUACAACCCGAUGAAGUACAACCCGCCUUUCUGUACAGUGAAGUACAACCCGGUAAAGUACAACCCGGUGAAGUACAACCCAGUGAAGUACAUCCCGGUGAAGUACAGCCCGGUGAAGUACUGCCCGGUGAAGUACUGCCCGGUGAAGUACUACCCGGUGAAGUACUACUCGGUGAAGUACUGCCCGGUGAAGUACUACCCGGUGACGUACAUCCCGGUGAAGUACUGCCCGGUGAAGUACUACUCGGUGAAGUACUGCCCGGUGAAGUACUACUCGGUGAAGUACUGCCCGGUGAAGUACUACCCGGUGACGUACUACCCGGUGACGUACUACCCGGUGAAGUACUGCCCGGUGAAGUACUGCCCGGUGAAGUACUACCCGGUGACAUACUACCCGGUGAAGUACUGCCCGGUGAAGUACUGCCCGGUGAAGUACUACCCGGUGAAGUACUACCCGGUGACGUACUACCCGGUGAAGUACUACCCGGUGAAGUACAGCCCGGUGAAGUACUGCCCGGUGAAGUACAGCCCGGUGAAGUACUGCCCGGUGAAGUACUACCCGGUGAAGUACUACCCGGUGAAGUACAACCCGGUGAAGUACAUCCCGGUGAAGUACAGCCCGGUGAAGUACUGCCCGGUGAAGUACUACCCGGUGAAGUACUACCCGGUGAAGUACUACUCGGUGAAGUACUACCCGGUGAAGUACUACCCGGUGAAGUACUACUCGGUGAAGUACUGCCCGGUGACGUACUACCCGGUGAAGUACUACCCGGUGAAGUACUGCCCGGUGAAGUACUACCCGGUGAAGUACUACCCGGUGAAGUACUGCCCGGUGAAGUACUACCCGGUGACGUACUACCCGGUGAAGUACUACCCGGUGAAGUACUGCCCGGUGACGUACUACCCGGUGACGUACUGCCCGGUGAAGUACUGCCCGGUGAAGUACUGCCCGGUGAAGUACUACCCGGUGAAGUACUACCCGGUGAAGUACUACCCGGUGAAGUACAGCCCGGUGAAGUACUGCCCGGUGAAGUACAUCCCGGUGAAGUACAGCCCGGUGAAGUACUGCCCGGUGAAGUACUACUCGGUGAAGUACUACCCGGUGAAGUACUACCCGGUGAAGUACUGCCCGGUGAAGUACUGCCCGGUGAAGUACUGCCCGGUGAAGUACUACCCGGUGAAGUACUACCCGGUGAAGUACUACCCGGUGAAGUACUGCCCGGUGACGUACUACCCGGUGAAGUACUACCCGGUGAAGUACUGCCCGGUGAAGUACUGCCCGGUGAAGUACUGCCCGGUGACGUACUGCCCGGUGAAGUACUACCCGGUGAAGUACUGCCCGGUGAAGUACUGCCCGGUGACGGGGCUGAAAGGCAACACCGCUCCAAGGCCAGCAGCUGACAGCGCUCCCCGGGGUUGA